AUGAGCACCGAAGCACUAAAUAAAAUCAUCAAAAAAUCAGAAAAAGAAAAAAUUAAAAAGGAACUUUAUAAUGAGUACGAGCUAUUCAAAGUUUCAAACAUUUACAAUGAAAUGGAUUUAAUAAAGUCAAUUUCAAAUGUAGUUUCCUCUAUCAUUUCACUAUCAGGUUUGAAAGAACAAGUUCAAACAUACCACAGGAAAAAUAUUUUAAUGUUAAUAGCAACCAUCUUUGGAGUGUUCGGGGCAGUGGUAUUUAAAUUUCCAAAAGACCAGUGGUUGAUUCUAUUAUGUGUUGGAGGUUUCUUUCUUUCUAUGUUCGGAACAUUGUUGGUUGAUAUAAAAUCUCCAUUUUCAGGUUUUACAAACUCUUAUCUCGUUCCAAAAAAUCUUCAGGAAAAAGGCAAAUUUUCUUUAAAAAAUAUUUGGAACUAUAAUAAGGAUGCAUGUUACUUUACGCCAAAACUGAAUCGUACUUCUAAUAAUAUCGAGUUUUUAAUUCAGAAUCAAGAAUGCCAAGUAUCAAAAACUAUUUAUAUUGGAAAACUAUUCACAUGUGAUGGUUAUAUAAAUACCGACCAAAUUUUUGAAAUUGUCACCAAGCUUAUCGUGGAUUUAUACAAUAAUUCCAACGAAAAGAAAAGGAAGUAG